AAUUCGUUCCACAGCCAUCCAGAGAGAGUGGCCUGAAAACGAGGGGCGCUGGAGCACUCGGGACUCCACUUUGGGGGAGAAAACUGAGCUCCAGCCUGCAGCUCCAAAGCCGGAGCUGACCUGCACUGCUCCGGGGUGAACACGGCCCAUGGCCGGCAGAGCAUCACAUCAUCCAUGCUCUGGGGAUGUUUAGGCUAACAGAAUCAUUCCAGGACCAACACUCUGAACCCGGAUCAGAGCGUUUCUCGGACCGGUCACCGAGGGAGUCACAUGCGGAGGGGCCUCAACCAGCGGCCCGGAGCCGGCCCGAGUGUCCCCCCGGUCACCGCGGUAUUCGGUCCCACGGGCCAGAGGUGACCGUGGCACUUCCCCUCCCGACGGGGCCGCGGAUGCCCCGCCGGGCCCGGCCCUCCCCUCCCCGUGCCCCGGGCAGUGCGGGUGCCCCGAGCGCUCCGUGAGGGCCGCCCCGGCGCCGGCGCCACCGUUCCGGGCGGGCUCCCCCACACCCCGCCCGCCGCUCCGUGGGUUUCCCGUCCCGGGCCGCCGCAGCGGGAUGGCGCCGGGGCUGCUGGACCUGGUGAACUUGACAACCUGGGCCGUCUGUGCCGUGAUCAAGCUGCCGCAGCUGGUGGCGGUGUUGCAGGCGGGCUCGGCGUGGGGACUCAGCGUGGGCAGCCUCCUCCUGGAGCUGGCCGGCUUCCUUGUGUUUCUGAGGUACCAGAUCUAUUAUGGUUACCCCCUGGAGACGUACCUGGAGUAUCCCAUCAUCAUUGCACAAGAUGUCAUUCUCCUUUUCUGCAUUAUGCAUUUCAGUGGAAAAGCAAAACGAGCUUUGUUCUAUGCAGUUGUAUUUUGGGUGGGCUGGUACAUGCUAACACUGCACAAGUGGAUAAUAGACCUGGCCAUGAAUCUGUGCACAUUUGUCAGUGCAGCCAGUAAGCUUGUUCAGCUGCAGCAUCUCUGGCAGACCAAAGACUCUGGACAAGCGAGCGCCCUGACCUGGGGCAUGUCUGCAUACACCUGUGCAACAAGGAUUAUUACAACUGUAAUGACUACGAAUGAUCUCGCAGUUCUCAUCCGUUUCAUAAUCAUGCUCAUUCUCAAUAUUUGGGUCACAGCCACAAUCCUGCAGUACAGCAAGACUAAAAAGACUGAUUAGAAGACACUCAUCAGCACACAUAUCAUUACCAUGAAAUAAAAUACACUUAAGCUUAAAGAAUUUAAGAAUUCCUCAAAGAUUGAGGAAGCUUUCUCUAAUAUUUACUCUUUAGCAUACUUAUUUGCUAUUUACAGGACUUACAGGCUUGCAGUAUAGUACAUUCAUGCUUACUUUCUCUUAGAAAUAAUUCUGAUAAGAUACUUAAUUUAAGCAGCAUAUUUUUAUUGGUCAUUUCAGACAAGUUUCACUGAUGCCACAUUUUCUCUGGAUUGUUUUACUACAAGGUAUUUCAUAAUUAGAUGUAUAUAUAUUCUGGUAUCACUUCAGUACUUUCUGGUUACAUAGAAGCAAUUUUCUUCAAUUAUACAUGAUCAAUUUUUCACCAACAUACUGACUCAUCCUUCUGCUGCAAGACUGAAAAACCACAACAGAUGUUUGUCGUCUUCUUGCAAGCAACUCAGUUCAACAUAACUGUCUGUAUUUUAGGAUGAAGAAAAUCUGAAUCAACGCCCAAUCCAGAAUAAGGUUCUAAAUGUCUUUUACUAAGUCACAAGUCCAGUUGGGAUUGUAGCACUUACAUGCAACACUUAAAUAGUACAAUUUAUACAGCUGAUACAGGAUACCCAUAGUCACUUUCUUCAGUAUACCCAGUUUUUUAUCAGAUAAGAGCAAAAACUCAACUAUGAAUUCUUCUUUUUCAACCUGAGCUCUCAUUCACUGAACAUACUGUUUUGGGAACAGCAGGGACUAGAAUGUAUGGGAAUUAAUGAAACUGUGACCAACAGUUAAAAAUGUUGUUCAAGCAAAAGUUCCUGGAACAAUACCCAGAGUUCCCAGACACCAUCCAUACUGACAGUGACAUGUGCACCUUGAUGCAUCUCAGCAGACUCAUCUCCCAUGGCUGUCAGGUUUUGGUGAUACUGUUCUGUGGUUCAUGAAUUUUUAACCUGUCAGUGCUAAGUGUGUUGAAGAACAUAGAUUUCACUUAAACUUUUACUUCAGAAAUUCUGAUCCAUUUGUAGUACUUACACUAAAAAAGGGGAAAGGAUACUCUUGACAACUAUUAACAGGGGAUUUUGGUUUUGGAGGUACUGCCUUCACAGCCAAAAGUUACAUUAGUAAUCAUAUAGCUUGCCUUAAUUUCUCAUUACAUUCUCCAAAAUUAAAAGAUACAUUUCAAAAGAGUUCUUACAGUAUUCUGUUGAUUAGCAUUUAAAAACCAAGGCACCCUUGAACCCAACACCCUUGAAAACUAUGGGAGGACUGCAUUGACUACAUUUGAAGCAGGUUUUCUUUGAAACAUUCUAAAUUGUGUGACGGCUGUGGAGCAAAGAGAUCUGCAAAAGGAGAUGUUUCUGGCAGGGAACACGCAGCAACUGGAGUGGGGCCUUCACCAUCAGAAAACAGCUGCUUCGUGCACUCUAAAUUUUAGUGGGAAGGGCUGGGAAGAGAUGUUGUCUGUGGGCACUGAUUUCAAGUAUCCCACAUUAUUGAGAACAAGUCAAAGAUGAGCAUUUUUUACUGCUCCAAUAAAAUGGAUAAAUCUUUCUAUGUUGGUUGAAAGAUUAAUUGUAAACAUUCUGAUUUUACUAAAGCUAUGUAAAGUAUCUCAAGUGGUCUAAAUAGUGGCAGGUGGCAUGUGAUACAUUUUCCAGGUGAUAUUAAUAAAUACUAUUCUUCAAGA